AUGGCUGUUGCCUAUAACACCGUCCAAAAGGGUGCUGUAUUCUGGAAUACACUUAAAGUCAUAACAAAACAAAAAAGUCACUCUCGAUCUCAUCUCGUUAACAAUAUCAUUCUCAACAAUCUACAAGAAAAGGCCGAAACCUUCAAAAAUACACUACAGGCCGCCCUCAUUUCCACUAAUAACUCCAACUUCAGCGAAAGAUUCAAAAGAGAAGCCGAACGGAGAGUGGAAGAUAUAUUCUACUACCCUCACGUACAUGAUGGGCCGCAUCCUCACCCGAUUAUGGCCCCUGUGACUGAGGAUACCGUCAGGCAGAUGUGUAACAUUGGAAAAAAGACAUCUCUUGGCCCUGAUGACAUCCAUAGAAGAUGCCUCAAAAAUCUUCCAGAGAAUAUUAUUCCGUUUCUCACCAAUGUAAUCAAUGCAUCUUUAACGCUGAGCUAUUUUCCAAUUUCAUGGAAAAUAGCCAGCACAGUCAUGAUUCCCAAACAAGGGAAACCCCUCACCAACCCUAAAUCGUACAGACCUAUUUCUCUACUAAGCACAAUAGCAACCUGGAAAAUACUUCUUGAUAACCCCUGUAAAGAUACGUGCACCGAAGAAGACAAGACAAAAGUAAAAAAGGUUAUAAAGUAUCUCUAUGUACACCACCGCGAUUGGUUCGACAAGUUGGUAGAAACAUUAGAUCAAAAAAAGGAAUACCUUACCAAAUACAAAAAACCACUUGAGGAUAUUGUUAAAGAUGAUUCAUUGUAAACAAAUAAUAGUAUUUAGUUAUUAUUUCUAUCUAAUUUAAUAUGUGGAGAAUAUUUUUGUUUAAUAAAUAUUGAAAAUUAA